AUGGCCUCAAAAGCAGCCGUAGCGGCGGUGGAUUUCGCCCGCGUUUACAACUCGCUCGGUCUUUCCAAGGAGACCAUCGCCAGCCUGCAGGCGUUCCGCAAGCGACACUCAGACGCCCAGCGCACGCAGGCGCAAUACGCCUCGCAGCCAGCAACAGUAGAUCUUGAACACUACCGCUCGGUGCUCAAGAACAAGGCUGUUAUCGAUGAGGCGGAGAAGAUCCUCCGCGAGUUUAAGCCCGUCACGUAUGACGUGAGCGCGCACAUCAAGGCUAUCGAGACUUUCGAGGUUAAGGCAGUCGCUUCAGCGAAGGAGACCACGGAGAAGAUCGACACGGAGUUGAAGGAUCUCCAGGCAACCCUCGCUAACAUCGAGGAGGCGCGUCCCUUCGAGGAUUUAACUGUGGAUGAGGUUGGCGAGGCACACCCCCAGAUUGUCGCGACCGUCGAGACGAUGAUGAAGAAGGGCAAGUGGUCUGUGCCAGGCUACAAGGAGAAGUUCGGCGAUCUCUCUCUCAUGUAA